GCGCCACAGUUCACAGCAAGAUGCUCUGGCGCUGGGAUUACCUAAUCUUGGGCAUGCUGCUCCUAGCCGAGCUCUGCCAACUUGGCGAGGCGGUGGCGAAUAACAACAAGGUGAGGCGGAACAGGCGACUGAGAAGUGUCAAGGGACGCCAGUUGUCUGCCAGAAGAACCAACCAGGUGGCGGCCAGAAACAGGAAUACCAACAGAUCGGGAGCCGGCGUCAAGAAGCUGAAUCAGCGAAGGAAGGCAACUACAACCGCCAGCAAAAACUCGGCCAAGAUCCAAUCCAGGAUUGUGGGCGGCACUUCUACCACCAUUUCGACAGCAAAGCACUUGGUGCAGGUGCGAAUCUCUCAAACGAAUCUCUGCGGCGGCUCCAUCAUAGACGAUCGAUGGAUCCUCACCGCCGCCCAUUGCGUCCGGGGAAACCCAGCCUCGGCCUUCAUUGUCCGCGGUGGCACCACAACUCUCGAUGGCAGCGAUGGCAUCGUCCGCUCUGUGGACUCCGUGCACGUGGCACCUAAGUUUACCACCGCCAGGAUGAACAUGGAUGCGGCGUUGCUCAAGCUGAAUGAGUCCAUGACGGGCACCAAUAUAGAAACAAUCACCAUGGCCACUUCCCCGCCCAAGGCGGGCUCAAAUCUACGAGUAGCUGGUUGGGGUGUCACGUCGGAAGGCAGCUCAACGGCCUCCAGGACCCUGAGGUUUGCCCAGUUAAGGGCAGUGCGGAGGAGCAGGUGCAGGAACCUUUAUCGCGGCAGGGCCACCAUUACGAACUACAUGAUCUGUGCCACCGCCGCUGGCAGGGAUUCGUGCAGCGGGGAUUCCGGCGGUUCGUUGUCCAGGAACAACACCUUGUUCGGCAUAGUGUCCUUUGGCUUUGGCUGUGCCAGAUCCCGAUAUCCUGGCGUUUACGCAUCCGUGUCCGCCAUUCGUCAAUGGGCCAACAAUGUGAUGGCCAACAAUUGAGGUUCUUACACAAGUAAAUUAUGUCCAAGAUCACUGAUGAAAUUAUACUUU